GAGAGAGAGAGAGAGAAGGAGAAGGAGGAGGAGAAGGGGACGGCGAAAAGCACUUUGCAAGCAGGCAAAAAAAUCAAAUCAAAUCUGGAAAAUGGCUGAAAGUCCAGUAUCUCCUGGCUCCCCUUCCUCCACUUAUGGCGAUUCAGCAAAGAAAGGGAAAGGGAAAAGGAAAGGAACCCCAAAGGCUAAGGGGAGUCCCAAGAGAUCACCCAAAGGGUCACCCAAAGGGUCACCCAAAGGGACACCCAAAGGGACACCCAAAGGGUCACCCAAAGGGAAAAGGAAGUUGGCUGCUAAAAAAGAAGAAGAACCCGAUCUGUCUAUGGCAAGCAUGGGCCAUCCAGAAAUUUUUCCCUUGGUCCUCACUGAAAAAUCUCAGGAAAUAUUUAAUUGUCGUGCUGAUAUAGAUGUCACAGCUGAAAAUCCUUAUAAACUUUUGAAAAAAGAAGACAUUAUUAAUGAUAUGAAGACAAGGGCUGCGGUUUCUGACUUCCACCCAGUCAAAAAAAUUGUUUUAGAUUAUCCUGGAGAAGAACUUCUAGUAGUCUUUGACAGAGAAUUAAAAUAUGGACAGAUCUUUUAUCUUAUUGCAACUGAGGAGGCUAAGGAAGGUAUUUUAAAUCCUCCAGAGGAAGAAGAAGAGGAAGAAAUUAAAGAAUGGGUCCAAGAAGAAUACGUUUAUAAGUCUCCUGUGCGCAAACCUUGGGUCUCACUUGGAAGUGAAAAGGAAAUUGAAGAAGAAUCUGUUAAAGAACGAACAAGAAAGAUUAAAUAUAUGAUUUCUCGGCCACAUAAAGAAUUUGGGAUUCGGAUUAAAUUCCAAAAGAGAAAUGCUUCAACUGAUAAACAUGGCUAUGUGGAAUGUACAUCUUAUCAAGAUAAGUUUUUCACCAUUCGACAACUUGAGAGAAAUACUGGCACACAGGUAGUUCCUGAAGUAAAAGAGACAGGAACCCAAACAAGAUGGACCUACCCCAAAAACGCAACAACACAAUAUUAUCCUAGAGAAUUUUUGCCUGAAGAAAGACAGCAGUAUUUGUCUUCAGAAGACCUAAAAAAUUUUCUUUUGGCUGUAGCACUCAGAGUUGAAGUAGCACUGCAACAAAAUGAAAUAAUGGAUGCUUUUUUCGAUGACUGGAAAGCCCUUGCAGAAGACGAAGCUGGCUUUGUGGGCAAGUCCGAUGUUUUCCUUAAGGAAUACCAGUCCUUUACUGAUCUGCAUUACCUCAAGGACAGAACUGUUAGCUGCAUUUGCUGGCAUCCAACCAUUUACGGGAUUAUUGCGGUGGCAGUAACAGAGCGGCUUUCGUACGAGGACCGAGUGCAACAGUCUGGAAGAUUGCUCUUGUGGAAAGCACCCAUUCUGUUUUGGAGUUUUGCAGACCCAAUUCACCCUCAGCUAAUGCUGGAGUGCCCUGAGGACAUCUACUGCUUUGAGUUUUCUCCAAGUAAUCCCAACAUUGUUGCAGGAGGGUGUAUGAAUGGACAGGUUGUACUCUGGGACAUCUCAGAAUAUGAAGAAAGGCUGCAAAAUGCAAAGUCAGGCACAGCUGGAAGCAAGAGCACCGCCGUUAAUAUGCCCAGUUUCAUGCUGGAGCAACAAGUUGCAAACGAGCCCCACUUGGUGAGAUAUUGUGCCGUCUCCUCCAUAGAAUAUGGUCAUAAGUCAGUAAUAUCAGAUAUACACUGGCUGCCAGAACUGUUUGAGCUCAACAGAAUGGGCACUGUUUUUGAAAACAGAGCUGGAGUUUGUAUACAGCUUGUCACCUGCUCACCAGACUGCACCAUCUAUUUUUGGGACCUUCGAGCCCACCGGCCAGCUGCCCAACCUUCUAAUGAGAAGAAAAAGGAAGAGAAGAUUGUUCCACCUUUACCUGAUGUGCCUUUGACCUUCAAACACUUAGAUCUCACGUGGAGGCCUCUCAUUAAGGUAACCUUGCCCAAAACAGAUACAGGUGCAGAGUUUAGCCCGACAAAAAUAAGCCUCAGAGAAGAACACUAUCAUACCAAAAUUCAAGAUAAGACGCAACCCCAGGUCAGACCAGAAGUACUGACAGAAAAACUACCGUAUAGUGAGAUACAGGCCACAACAACAAAACCUCUUAAACUGCUAGAAAAUAUCACCUCCAGCUUUUUUGUUGGGACUGAAGAUGGUGAAAUUCUUUGUUCGGACUGGAAGAUGGAAAGAGAUGGCGAUUCGGGAAGACUGCUUAGCCAGAAACCAACCAACAUACACACCAUCCAUGACGGGCUUGUCCAUACUGUUCAGCGAUCUCCAUUUUUCAACGACGUAAUUCUCACAGUUGGAGGCUGGAAUUUUGCAAUAUGGAAGGAAGGUGUUACGAGUGGGCCACUCCUGGAGUCAAGCUGCGCAGCAAAGAGAUACACGGUUGGUCACUGGUCUUUAUCAAGACCAGGUGUUUUUUUCAUCGGGAGAGAAGAUGGAAAUAUUGACAUUUGGGACCUCUUGGAGAAGACUCAUGAAGCAUCUCAGACUCAAAAUGUCUGUAUUUCACUGAUUACUUGCAUCAAGCCCUGGAUUUACUCUUCAAAGCAACACUUCUUAGCCAUAUCAGAUGACUUUGGCACUCUGCAUAUUUUAGAAAUUUCAUGGACUUUAAGCCACCCUUCCAGCAAUGAGCAUUCCAGUGUUCUCCAUUACUUUGAGCGAGAAGUCAGACAUCUGGAGUACGUUGAGCAGCGUCGAGAAUUCAGAGAUCAAGAGAGAGCAGAGCUGGAGAAGGAAAAUCUGAUUAAGAAAACGAAAGUAGUUGGCGGUCAGCGAUCAAGAGAAUUAAUGGAAGAAAAGACCAAUCAGGAUUAUGUGGAAUAUUUGGACCUAGAGAAGGCUGUUCUAGUUCGACUUGGAGUACUGAAGGGAGGAGAUAAAGGUAGUCCCUCAAGAACUGCCUAGCUUUGUGAGCACCCAUCGUUCAACUGUUCGGUGCAGACUAAAUUGCUAUGAGAAAUGUAGGAUGGUCUUGAUCCAAAGGCUUAUGAGUUGAAACUGUUUUUGAAAGUCACAAUGCAGCAGCCCCCACUGCCAAAAAGACAUACAGCUGUUCAGUUUUAUUAUCUGAUUCUCUCUUUGGAAUUAGGAAGUUCCAAAAAAUAUUAAAGAAAAAACAAGGCUGUUUUGUAUUGUUCUUUUUUUGUCCCUGCAGUAUGUGUAAUAACUAUACAGUGAAGCAACAUUUGCACAUCCUGUUCAGUUACAUAUUCACAG